UGGCCAGUUAGUGACAUUUCGAGAGCUGAUUGGGCCGUGUCGGUGACAGUUCCCGUUGCCCAGGCAACUAGGGCCGGACUCCCUCGGUGCUAGAGGGACGCGGCGGGCCCGGGUCAGGGUCCUCGAGAUCGGGCUUGGGCCCAGAGCAUGUUCCAGAUCCCAGAGUUUGAGCAGAGUGAGCAGGAAGACUCCAGCCCUGCAGAUAGGGGCCUGGGCCCCAGCCCCACAGGGGACAGGCCCCCAGGUCCCAGCAAGCACCCGCAAACGGCCCCAGGCCUCCUGGGGGAAGCUGGUCACCAGCAGGGACAGCCAGCCAGCAGCAGCCACCAUGGAGGCACUGGGGCUGUGGAGACCCGGAGUCGCCACAGCUUCUACUCCGCGGGGACGGAGGAUGAAGAAGGGACGGAGGAGGAGGAGCCCAGCCCCUUCCGGGGCCGCUCGCGCUCGGCGCCCCCCAACCUCUGGGCUGCACAGCGAUAUGGCCGCGAGCUCCGGAGGAUGAGCGACGAGUUCCACGGCUCCUUCAAGGGACUUCCUCGCCCGAAGAGCGCGGGCACAGCGACGCAGAUGCGACAAAGCCCCAGUUGGGCGCGCUUCCUUCAAUCCUGGUGGAACCGGAACUUGGGGAGAGGAGGCCCCGCCCCCUCCCAGUGACCUUCUGUCCCACAGUCCGAAUCUCCCAACCGUUGCUGGCGGCCAUCUUGGGAGUGGGCGGAAGUCUUUUCUGCAGGCCUUAUGCAAAAGGAGGCUCAGUUUCGUCCCUUUCAGAAGGAGGUGGUCUGACCCAGAGCCCAAUUCCCUUCCGGUGUGUGCGAGGACCGCGGAGGGGCUCGGCCCCCAUCGGAAGUUUUGAAGUUUUUCCGCCCUUAGGUGCUGGAACUGGCCCUGUGACCCCGCCCCCGGCGCUGGGCUACCACAGUCGCCUGCGCCAGUUGCGAGCCGGAAUUAACCCUAACUUCGCCAGAACCCUUUCCUCCGCGGUAACGCUGCGGGCCGAUGCUCGCUAGAAAUGUGCUAAUAAAGCCCGCGUCUGUGCC